CCUUAUUUCUGGUAAUUUAUAUAGUAAUUAUGUUAUAUCUAUAUACUAUAUAUUACUGGUAGUUUCAAUCGAACCACUCCAUAAAAAAAAAAAAGUCGCUCCACAGAACACAGAGACAAAACAAUUUUGAAACUAAAAUGGACAGAAACGCACGACCUUUUUUUUUCUUACCUGAAAUAUGAACUUAGUUACGUAUCAACCGAUAAUAAACAAUAUACGUUGCAAUAUCAACAUCAAUAAUCAUCAUGUCCCUAUACCAUAUAACACCCAAACUAAAGGAAUGUAUAGAUAGUAUAGACUCAUUGGAUACAUCCCUAAAGGAUAAACUCGUGUCAAAACCUUACAUUUCUCGUCAAAAUCUAAUAAAUCUAUACACAACUUAUAAGCCUACUAAAUCAUUAUUACAAUUAUUAUCAACCACAUCAUUAUAUAUACCGAAUAAAAAUAUUCAAGAUGUUAUCCCUAAAUCGAAAGAAUUCAUUAAGUCAAUGGAAUUAUUACGUCUAAAAGUUAAAGAAGAAGAAUAUCAGCGAUUAGUUAAUCCUGCUCCAUCUUUCACAGCAUUAUAUGAACAAGAAUUAACCAACUCAGAUUAUAUAUCUCCUGCUAAAGCUCAUAAAGAAUUAAAAAGUCAAAUCACCACCAUAUUCAAUAUCUUCAUCAGUGUAGCCAGUGUGGUUUAUGCUAUUUGGUAUUGGACGAAAUCUUCCUGGAAUUUACCUGAUAGUUAUAGAAUCUUAUUAUGUAUCUUCUUUGGAUUAUUGAUUCUUGUGGCAGAAGUUGUGGUCUAUAUGGGGUAUUUAAAUAAAAUAGAGGAAGCUAAAUUAAAAGAACGUAGGAAAAAGGAAAUUAAAACAUUAGUUAAAUCAGUUAAAUUAUCAUAAAAGUUAAUGUAUAUAGAAUCCAUAUUACAUAGUUCAUUUCUAUUAAUAGACAUUAAAAGUAUUUAUUUAUGAAAACGCGUGUUGUAGUUGUUUAUAUGAAUGUGUAACAAGUUUGUUUCAAAUUAUAUUACAAGUUUUAUCUACUUUGUAGAAUUAUGUGUUCGGCGCUACCAAAACUUUAAUCAUUUACUCCCUCCACCAAAAUCAAGGGAUCAAUUAAAAAAAAAAGGAUAAAGUUUGCACACAUUGCAUAAUAAACUUUUAAUAUU